AUGACUGUCCCAAACUUAGACCCAUCCCACAUGAGAGAUCCAGUCCCUGACACUAUUGAUGACACUCUGAAGAAUAAUAGUAGCAGGUUCACUUCUAGGUUAUAUUUAGUCACAGGUUUGGCCAUUGUGCUGAAUGCUCAAUUAGGUUCUGCCUACCAGCUGAUGUGCUAUUAUACCAGCUGGGCCAAGGACCAUCCUGGCUUGGGGAGUUUCAAACCUGGUAGCAUUGACCCCUUCUUAUGUACUCAUCUGAUUUAUGCAUAUGAGAUCACCAUGAUAAAUCAAGAGGACUCAAAGGAGUAUGGAGAAUUAAAUGCUCUGAAAACCAGGUAAGAGAAAGAUUAGGUAAGAAAUACCUGGAAAGAGAUCCCUCUUUGGUUUGGAAUCUGUGUGUUCAGUGUCAUGGUCUCUACUGCUCAGAACCAUCAGAUGUUCAUUCAGUCAGUCAUCAAAUUUCUGCGUGACCAUGAAUUUGAUGGGCUGAAUCUGGACUGGCUGUAUCCUGGGUCUUGUGGAAGUCCACCUAAGGACAAGCAUCUCUUCACUGUCCUAGUGAAGGAAAUGCAUAAAGCUUUUGAGGAUGAAUCUAGAGAAACACAGAUUAGAGAAACCAGGCUGUUAAUCACUUCUACAGUAUCUGGUAUCAUCUCAAUCAUUGAGUCAGGGUAUAAAAUUCCAGAAUUGUCACAGUCCCUUGAUUAUAUUCAGGUUAUGACAUAUAGUCUUCACACCCCCGAAGACAGCUAUGCUGGAGAAAACAGUCCCCUCUUCGCAUCUUCAUUUGACCAUGACAUCAGCCCCUACCUCAAUGUGGAUUACAUCAUGCCCUACUGGAAGAACAAUGGUUGUGCUCCUGAGAAGCUCAUUGUUGGAUUUCCAACAUAUGGGCAUACCUUCACUUUGAGCGACCCCUCUGACAAUGGAAUUGGUGCCCUUACCAGUAGUGCUGGCCCACCGGGGAGAUUCACAAAAGAAGCAGGAAUUUUGGCCUACUAUGAAAUUUGCAGCCUCCUGGGGUGGGGAGCCACUGAGAAAUGGAAUACCAAUCAGGAAGUGCCCUAUGCUUUUAAGAACAGAGAGUGGGUUGGCUAUUAUAAUGUCCAGAGCUUCCAGAAGAAGGCUCAGUGGCUCAUGGAGAACAAUUUUGGAGGUGCUAUGAUCUGGACCCUGGAUAUGGAUGAAUUCACUGGUACUUUCUGUAAACAAAACAGUAAAAAGUUUCCUUUGACUACAGUCUUUACAAAUGCUUUCCAAUUACAUCCAGCAACUACACAAGAAAUAAUGUUAGUGACAAUGUUGGCAAAGGGAGUAAGUUUUAUUGUCAAUCCAACAUUCUCUGGGGUAGGCACCGAAUAA